GCGAGCAUUUUGGGGCGUGGCUGGUCCUCUUUCAUCUCCUUCAACGACGCCCCCAAGAGAUUCUUCAAUUCAAUGCUUCCUUUACUCCCAAUCCAUCGUCGUCCAUUCAUUGCGCCAGCAAGGGUUUUUGCGUGCUCUUUGUAAGAUAGAUCUUUGCAUUCUGCCGUGGAUUAAGUUGCCGAGGCUGAUGAAAAGUAAGCUGUGAGUCUCACAAAGUUCGGAAGCUUUUCGUGUCGACGAGGAGCCCAAGUUGGCAUUUUUAAUAGAAGAUAGCAAGAGUUUCUGUGACUGUUGAACAUGCCGGAAGAAGACUUAUUACAUGAUUUCCUGUCAUCAAAAUGGUACCUUGUUGCUGAGUGAAGGAGAGAAGGUGAAGGAAGACGAAGCGAAGGCUUGCGACCAGCUAGUUCGAGCUCAUUCGCAUGGCGGAGCCCACGGAGAGGCAAGAAAUCGAGAAAGGCGAGGACUUGGAAGAGCCCAUGGAAACGGGGGCGCUCGAGUUCAAGAGGGUUCCUCCAUGGUCGAAGCAGAUAACAGUUCGCGGCCUGGUGGCGAGCCUCGCCAUCGGAAUCAUGUACAGUGUGAUCGUGAUGAAGCUGAACCUCACCACCGGCCUCGUCCCCACCCUCAACGUCUCCGCCGCCCUCCUCGCCUUCGUCAUCCUCCGGUCCUGGACCAAGCUACUGCACAAGAUUGGCAUCCUGACCACUCCCUUCACGCGGCAGGAGAACACUGUGGUGCAGACCUGCGCCGUCGCCUGCUACAGCAUCGCCGUCGGAGGUGGAUUUGGAUCCUAUCUAUUGGGUCUCAACAAGAAGACUUAUGAGCAAGCAGGAGUAGAUACAGAGGGCAACGUUCCAGGGAGCUACAAGGAACCUGGGAUUGGCUGGAUGACUGGAUUUCUCUUCACUGUUAGUUUUGUUGGGCUCUUGGCCUUGGUUCCUCUCAGGAAGAUCAUGAUAAUAGAUUACAAGUUAACUUAUCCGAGUGGCACUGCAACUGCUGUCCUCAUCAAUGGCUUCCAUACUCCUCGUGGAGACAAGAUGGCGAAGAAACAGGUCCAUGGGUUCGCAAAAUAUUUCACAGUUAGCUUCCUGUGGAGCUUUUUCCAGUGGUUCUACUCAGGAGGAGAUGGCUGUGGCUUCUCACAGUUCCCCACCUUUGGACUAAAAGCUUGGAAACAAUCGUUUUUCUUCGAUUUUAGCAUGACAUAUGUUGGAGCAGGGAUGAUUUGCUCCCAUAUUGUGAAUCUCUCUCUCCUUCUCGGUGCAGUGCUUUCAUGGGGAAUUAUGUGGCCACUGAUUAGUGAUCUUAAAGAAGAUUGGUUCUCUGGGAGCAUACCAAAGAGUAGCAUGAGAAGCCUGCAAGGGUACAAGGUCUUCAUCUCCAUUGCUCUUAUUCUCGGCGAUGGGCUCUACAAUUUCCUCAAGAUUUUGGCUUGUACUGCAAAAAGUAUGCACACGAGAGCGACCAGCAAAAAUAUCAAAAUAGUGGCGGAUCAGGUUAAUCCUGUCCUCGACGAUCUCCAGCGUAAUGAAAUAUUCAUGAAAGAGAGCAUACCGGUGUGGUUAGCCUACGCAGGAUAUGCACUCUUUGCUGUGGUUUCCAUCAUCGCCAUCCCCAUCAUGUUUCCUGAGGUGAAGUGGUACUACGUGGUCAUAUCUUAUAUGCUUGCCCCUGCCCUUGGCUUCUGCAAUGCUUAUGGAGCUGGUCUAACGGACAUGAAUAUGGCCUACAACUAUGGUAAGGUUUCUCUCUUUAUUCUAGCAGCCUUGGCUGGGAAACACUCUGGUGUUGUCGCUGGCCUUGUCGGUUGUGGGCUGAUCAAAUCGGUCGUCUCCAUUUCUGCUGAUCUAAUGCAUGAUUUCAAGACGGGUCAUCUCACUAUGACAUCCCCGAGAUCGAUGCUUCUCAGCCAAGCCAUCGGAACAGCCAUAGGUUGUGUGGUUGCCCCUCUAACCUUCUUCCUCUUCUACAAGGCCUUCGAUAUUGGGAAUCCAGAUGGAAAUUGGAAGGCUCCUUAUGCUUUGAUAUACAGAAACAUGGCAAUUCUUGGUGUUGAGGGCUUCUCAGCACUUCCUCACCAUUGCUUGCAGCUCUGUUAUGGCUUCUUCGGAUUCGCAGUGGUUAUGAACACGAUGAGAGAUAUUUUGCCAGCUAAGUACAGUCAUUGGGUUCCUCUGCCGAUGGCAAUGGCAGUGCCUUUCCUAGUCGGAGCCAGCUUCGCAAUCGACAUGUGUGUUGGGAGCUUGGUAGUGUUUGCCUGGCACAAGCUCAAUAGGAAGAAGGCGGCCUUGAUGGUGCCGGCUGUCGCCUCUGGUCUGAUCUGUGGAGAUGGACUAUGGAUUCUACCUUCAUCAUUGCUAGCCUUAGCAAAGGUUAAUCCUCCUAUUUGUAUGAAGUUUCUGGCUGCUUAGUUGACAUAACAACACAUCAUCUUUGAAGAGCAGAUUGUAGGGGAACAAAGUAUAAGAGAAACCAGCAUGGUGCUUGGUUACAAAAAUCCAUGUACCAUAAGACUUUUCUAAACGUUUUAUUAAUACGAUAACAAAGCACAUAAUGGCUGAGAUAAAACUUUCUGUUGUUGGUC